UAUUAUUUUCGAUUCACUUUGCAAAAGGUAUGAGGACAAGCGUCAACAAGCAACUUCAUACUUAGAUCAGUUAUUUGAAUUUAAACUUAUUCCUUCAGGAACCCCUAAUAAUUUAGAAUUAUUUUUAGAUAAAUUCGCUUCGUCUGUAGCUGCGUUGAAAAACCUACAAAUUGAUGACCUCGCUGAUUUUAUUUUGUUUUAUGUCGCUCUUAAAAAACUCGAUUUAGACACGGGUCGUACUUUUGAGUGCACUCGUAAAUUAAAACCUAAUAGUUCUGAAUUUCCGUCUUUUUCCGAAUUGGAUAGUUUUGUUCGUGACCACAUAAAAGUAUUGGAACGUACGUCAUCAUCGGUUGCUCGGGUCACCAACAAUAAAAAACCUGCAGAUCGUAAACCUACUACUACACAUGCCUAUACGUCUAGUUCGGCUGAGUCAUCCGCGUGUAGUCUAUGCGGCGAGCAGCAUGAUUACAUUUAUAAAUGUAGGGUUUUUAAUAGUUACAAACCAGAUCAACGUUUUAAAUUCGUAAAAUCUAAUAACUUAUGUAUAAAUUGUUUAAGUAGUGGUCAUCGUGUUUCCGCAUGUGGGUCGACAUCUACUUGCAAAAAAUGUAAUUCCAAACAUCACACUUUAUUGUGCUUUGAUAGUAAACACGCGGCAAGUAACUCGCCCCAUUCAAACGCGGCUCGCGGGCUGCCACCGGCCGCCGUUGCCGCGGCCGGGCAGCCAGCCGCUGCGCCCGCCAUUUUUACAGCAGCGCCGCUGCCAUCGAGUGUAGCGACCACUACCCCCGCGCCCGCGCCCCCGCGCGCGGACAUCGCGCUGUGUUCGUUAUCCGAAAAUCAUACCGAGAGUAAACAUCGGGGCCCUACUACGGUGCUCAUUGCUACUGCUCGUAUUAUUAUCGUAGAUUCGCAUGGAAAUGAACAUAGUGUUCGUGCAUUGUUAGACAGUGGUUCUCAAAGUAACUUUAUAACUAGUGAUUGUUGUCGACGCUUAGGUUUGAACAUAAAUAAUCGGCCUUCUUGUUCUACCGUAAAGGGAAUAGGGGGUUCGAGUAAAAUGAUUCAGGGUUCCGUAAAUAUUAAAUUUUAUUCUCGUUUCAAUCGUAACAUAAAUUAUUGUUUAGAGUCGUUGGUAGUAGAUAAAAUUACCGAACGUUUGCCGACAGCCACGGUUGAUGCUUCUCUUUUAUAUAAUUUCAAAAACUUACCGUUGGCUGACGAUACAUAUUUUUCAUCAGGCCCGAUUCAGGUUUUAAUCGGCGCUUCGAUUUUCCCGCAUUUGCUCUUGUCGAACAAAGUUCAAGGACAGCCCCCGCAUGCUUCGCCUCUCGCUUUAGAAACUGUCCUUGGCUAUGUAAUUGUAGGUGACGCUCCAGUACGCGUUGAUAGUAAGUCGACUGUAUCGUAUUGUUGUACCACGGACCCGUUGGACUCCGCUGUCCGUAAAUUCUGGGAAAUAGAGGAGGUGGAUGUUCCCUCCAUACUAAGCCCGGACGACACAUUGUGUGAGGAGUUUUAUACCCGCACUACCACUCGGGAUAGUGACGGACGUUACGUAGUUGCUUUACCUUUCAAGGGUGAAGUCGAAUCCCUUGGGAACUCGCGUCAAGUAAGUGAACGUCGGUUUUACUGCUUGGAAAGAAAAAUGCAGGCUUCUCCACAAUUGAAGGUCGCGUAUGACAGUGUCAUCUUCGAAUAUUUAGAAAAGGGUUACAUUUCACCUACAGAUUCUGUCUCUUCGGAAGCUUCGUACUUCAUUCCGCAUCAUGGUGUGAUCCGCGAUGACAAGAUCACUACCAAGCUUCGUGUCGUUCUCGAUGGUAGUUGCAAGACUUCUACCCGCGUUUCGCUUAAUGAUCUCUUGUAUGGUGGUCAAAACCUACAAGGGAACUUGUUUAACAUUAUCGUUAAUUUUCGUUUGUUUUUGAUCGCUCUUUCCGCAGAUAUUCGUCAAAUGUUUCUCAGUAUCGGAAUCCGAGAAUCGGAUCGUCGUUUCCAACGCAUUUUGUAUCGUUUUUCGCCGCAAGAACCUUUAAAGGUUUAUGAGUUCAAUCGUGUCGUUUUUGGACUUAAGUCUAGUCCUUUUCAUGCUCUGCGCACUAUAAAGCAGUUGGCGGAGGAUGAGGGUGAUUCUUACCCUCAAGCUAAGGAAAUUGUAGCUACAGGUCUGUAUAUGGACGAUUUUGUCUAUUCCGUUUCCUCGGAAGACCAAGGCAUUUCCACCGCCUCAGAAAUGAUAGGUCUCAUGAAAGCUGGUCAAUUUGAGUUAGUCAAAUGGACCAGUAAUUCUCAAGUUGUACUAGACUCGAUUCCUCCUUCUCAUCGCUUGCCGGCUGUCAAAGAAUUUGAUGAGUCUGACCAACAUAAAGUACUCGGCUUGUGUUGGUCACCUACUUCAGACCAUUUCAGCAUGAAGGUGAAUACUCCAGCUAACCAUUGUACCAAGCGCACAAUACUGUCGUGUGUCGCUAAAAUAUGGGAUGUCAUGGGAUUCGUCGCGCCUGUCGUCCUGUAUGCUAAACUUCUCAUCAAACAGCUCUGGCUGUGCGAUUGUGAUUGGGAUGAUACUCCACCUGAAGAUAUCGUCAGGCUGUGGACUCGCUUUAAAGAAGAGCUACCAGUGCUCAGUCGUAUAAAAAUCCCACGUCACCUAGGUAUUGUCGCCGAUAGUGUCGUCACUAUCUUAGCUUUCGCGGACGCUAGUGAAAAGGCAUAUGGUGGAGUUAUUUAUUUCCAUGUUCAAAACAGCGAUGGUAAUACUGUCAACUUGUUAACUGCUAAAUCGAAAGUCUCUCCUAAGAAGAUAUCGCAUGUCAGCGUCGGAUUACGACUUCGCUGA